UGCAUUUUACCAUCUGGAGACAGCAGAACCUCGAUCAAUAUUCUCGUACCGAUCCCAGUUCCGGUGCAAGUUGGUAAUUCGGCCGGUCUUGACGGUCUGAGUGGAAUUGGUGGUUUAAUUGGCCUCGGUAGACUGCGUGGACUUGGUGGACUGGGUGCGCUUGCUGGAUUGGGUGGUAUUGGUGGAUUGGGUGGCCCUGGACUUGGAUACUUCGGAUAUUUUACCAGAUAUCUUGGUCCGGCAAGCAUAGAUGGAUCUUGUCCAGCAGGCGUUAAUAUCAAUGGCCAGUGCUGGUAUGAUAGUAUUGGCAACAGAUGA